CCCGCUCCUCUCUAUGGCCCCGCCGCCAUGUUGGCCGCGAGGGGAAGCGGCGGCCCGGACCCCGCUAAAAUGGAGGCGCGGAGCCCUCAUGGGGUGUAGGGGCUCCUUCCCCUCCCCGAGCCCCGGCCCGGAGCUCAUGGAGCGGCUUUAGGGGUCCCUCCUCAGUGCCAGGAUGAGCUCCCAGAAUUCCACCCCAAAUCCUGGAGCCGGGAAUUCCUGCGGGAUCACCCUGGGCCAGGCGCAGCAGGUGAUUCCCAAAAUUCCCCUGCUGAGGAUCCUGCAGGCCGCGGGCGCCCAGGGAGAAACCUUCACCCUCAAGGAGGUGAUGCAUUUCCUGGGCCAGUACAUCAUGGGCCGGCAGCUCUAUGACCAGAGGCAGCAGCACCUGGUGCACUGCGGGGGAGACGCGCUGGGGGAGCUGCUGGGGCUGCACAGCUUCUCCCUCAGGGACCCCAGCCCCGUGUACGAGAUGCUGAAGCGGAACCUGAGCCCCGCUGCCCUCCCAGGUGCUGCACAGCCUCUCCCAAAGGAGCCCCGCGCCGGCCCAGAGCAGCCGCAGCUUGGCCAGGAGGAAGGAGCUGACCCUGAAAUCCUGGAGGGUGACACCAAAACCUCUGCUCAGGCCACCUCAGAGCCCAAAUGUGACACUUGUCAAGACCAAGAUUUGAUAGAAAACCUCUCCAAAAACAAAAAGCCCAAACUGGAUCUGCUUUUUGAGGAAUGGGACGUGGCCGGGCUGCCCUGGUGGUUUUUAGGGAAUCUCAGGAGCAAUUACAAAUCCAGGAGUAACGGAUCCACGGAUAUCCAAACCAACCAGGACAUCGACACUGCCAUCGUUUCCGACACCACCGAUGACCUUUGGUUCCUCAACGAGUGUCCCCUGGAGCAGGGCAGUGCUGGCCUCAAGGUGGAGGUGCUGGACUGCGAGGAGGUGACAGAAGGUGACACCAAGGUGCCUGAGGAUGUGUGUUCGGAUGAGCUGGAGGAUUCCCAGUGCCUGAGUGACGACACGGACACAGAGGCUGCUCCAGAGGAUUGCUGGCAAUGCUCCAAAUGCAGGAAAUUCAACUCUCCUGGGAAAAGGUACUGCUACCGCUGCUGGGCCCUGCGCAAGGACUGGUACCGGGACUGCCCCAAACUGCCCCAUUCCCUGUCCCUCUCCAACAUCAAUUCCAUGGAAAAGCAGGAGCAGGAGGAAGGGAUGGACGUCCCCGACUGCAGGAGGACAAUUUCAGCCCCUCCCGGCCAACCCAAACACCUUUUCCUGGGGGAAAACAAACCCCACGUAGAUCCCAGCAGCUCCAUCGAAUCCUUGGAUUUGGCGCGGGAUGGGAAAAAACGGGAAUUCUCGGAGCUGAAAAAAGAGGAGGAGAUGGAAUCCUUGGAGAGCAUCAAAACCCUGCUGAAUCCCUGCUUCCUGUGCCAGCACAGGCCUCGGGAUGGGAAUAUUGUCCAUGGAAGGACGGCUCACCUGGUGGCCUGCUUCAGGUGCGCCAGGAUGCUGAAGAAGAAGAGGUCGCCGUGCCCCGUGUGCAGGAAGGAGAUCAAGAUGGUCAUCAGGAUCUUCAUGGGGUCGGCAGGGUGAAGAAUUCCUUUCUCCUAGAUGGGAAAUAAAUCCAUGUUUUUAAUCCACACCUCUCAGGUCACAAAUCAGACAGAAAAAUAAUAAUAAUAAUGUUA